UUCACACGCAAAUCGGAAUUGUGAGUCCGGAACCGAUAAUUUUUUAUACACACCCUCCAACUUCCUUUGGAAAAUGCCGAAUCUCACUUUCAUCAACAGUUGACAAAAAAUGACAAUGGACAGUGACACAGGGUUUUGUGAUUCUCCAUUUUUGGCUUUAAAUGAAACAUGGAACACUGUGGAUCCAGACUUCUCACCCUGUUUUCAGAAGACAGUUAUUUUAUGGAUACCAUGUGCCAUUCUAGUCUUAGGAACUCCAAUACGUAUAUUCCAGCUGAGUAAAAGCCAAGUUCCUGCCUUGCCAUUUACAUGGCUUAAUAUAGGAAAAACAAUUUUAUCUAUACUAAUAGCUCUGUUAGCUGUAGCCAAUAUAGGGAAAAGUAUACAUGAAUUAGCCACUGGAGAUUUAGUGCCAACAGUAGAUUUUGUAUCACCUUUAAUUUUAUGUCUUUGUAUGAUAUUAACAGUAUUAGUGAUACAUCAUGAACGAAGAAGAGGUGUAUUUUCUUCUGGAUUUUUGUUGUUUUUCUGGUUGUUACUAUUUAUAGCAGGAAUAUUUACAUUCCAGUCGUUAGUUAGAGCAGCUGUUAAGGAUGGGGUAUCAGAUGUGUUCCGUUUUGUUAUAUUUUUCCUGUAUUUUCCGUUAGUUGUUGUACAGCUAGUUUUUUCAGCAUUAGUAGAUGGAGGAGAUGGUAUAUAUCAAGUUAGUCAAAGUGAGAAUCCUUGCCCAGAAGAAAGAUCUUCAUUUUUAUCCAGAUUAAUAUUUUGGUGGUUUAAUUCUAUGGUCGUACAAGGAUAUAAACGUGACAUAAAGAGGGAGAAUCUCUGGUCAUUAAAUCACGAUGACAACACAUCUUCCGUGUUUCCUCGAUUUGAAAAAUACUGGAAGAAAGAAGAAGAAAGAGUAGAAAAGAAAAAUCAGAGACGACCUGAGAAUGGUGAGGUGGCUGACACCAAUGGCAUUGAAAUGAAAACAAGAACAGAAGAUGGACAAUUAUAUACAGAGGUCGAGGUCAAAGAUGGAGCAAACAAACCUCCAGAGAAGAAACUUCUAAUCUGCUUCAUCAAAGUGUUUGGACCUAUCUGUCUCUUACAUGCAUUUUACAAGUUGUUAUUUGAUAUACUCCAGUUUAUUAGUCCACUUAUUUUAAGAUUAUUAAUUCGGUUUACCAAAGACAAGGAAGAGUAUGAAUGGAGAGGAUAUUUAUACAGUGUUUUAAUGUUUCUUGUUGCUGUUGUACAGUCGUUAAUUUUACAUCAAUACUUUCAUGGUGCUCAGUUGGUUGGAAUGAGAUUGAGGACGUCCAUUAUAGCUGCUGUCUAUAACAAGAUGUUGAAGUUAUCCAGUUCUGCCAGAAGAACUGCUACUGUUGGAGAAAUAGUAAACUUAAUGGCCGUCGAUGCCCAGAGGUUUAUGGACCUGAUGACCUACUUCCACACUAUCUGGUCUGGACCAUUUCAGAUUGCUCUGUCAUUGUACUUCCUGUGGCAGACUCUUGGACCGUCCAUCUUGGCAGGGUUUGGUGUUAUGGUGCUACUGAUUCCUAUUAAUGCAGUCAUUGCCAAAAAGUCAAGAGAUUUACAGAUGAAACAAAUGAGAUUAAAAGAUUCCAGAAUUAAACUGAUGAAUGAAGUAUUAAAUGGUAUAAAAGUUCUUAAACUGUAUGCCUGGGAGCCGUCAUUUGAGAAGCAGAUUUUAGACAUACGUAACAAAGAAUUAGUCGUCCUGAGGAGAAUGGCGUAUCUUAACGCUGUUGUAUCAUUUACAUGGACUACAGCUCCAUUCUUGGUGUCAUUGGUGACAUUUGCUGUGUAUGUAAUGAUUGACCCAGGUAAUAUCCUGGAUGCUGACAAGGCUUUUGUCUCACUCUCUCUGUUUAACAUUCUGAGAUUCCCCCUGUCUAUGUUGCCUCAGGUCAUCUCAAUGUUAGUGCAGGCAAGUGUAUCAUUGAAGAGAAUACAGACAUUCCUUAACAAUGAUGAGUUAGAUUACAGUGCAUUCUCAAGGGAUAUCAAUGCUAAACAUGCCAUUACCAUAGAGAAAGGAGUAUUCUCUUGGGAGAAAGAUUCUACAGCUACACUGAAAGAGAUGUCUAUCGAGAUCCCUGAUGGUUCCUUGGUGGCAGUAGUGGGACAGGUGGGUUGUGGAAAGUCAUCACUUCUGUCAGCCAUAUUGGGAGAAAUGGACACUAUAUCAGGAAAAGUUAAUGUUAAGGGAAGUAUGGCUUAUGUUGCCCAGCAAGCCUGGAUUCAAAACACAACUCUUCAAAACAACAUCUUAUUUGGUAAAAAUCUAAACCAGAGUGAAUAUGAUAAAGUUGUAGAUGGCACAGCACUCAGACCUGAUCUGGAGAUCUUACCUGGGGGUGAUCAAACAGAAAUUGGGGAAAAGGGUAUAAAUCUGAGUGGAGGACAGAAGCAGAGAGUCAGUUUAGCCAGAGCUGUUUAUCAGGAUGCAGACGUGUAUCUCCUUGACGACCCUCUCAGUGCGGUUGACUCUCAUGUUGGAAAACAUAUCUUUGAUGAAGUUUUGGGACCAAAUGGACUUCUGAGAAAUAAGACAAGAAUUUUGGUAACCCAUGGAAUCAGUUUCCUAUCUAAAGUAGAUAUAAUUAUAACCUUAGUGGAUGGUAAAAUAAGUGAGAUGGGAUCAUACAGCGAUCUUAUCAGCCAUGCUGGAGCAUUUGCAGAGUUUCUCAAGAAUUAUCUCAAUGAAGAAUUAAAAAUAGAAGAUCUAGAAGAUGAAAUUGAAGAUCUACAAAUAGCUGAAGAUAUGGUUAACAAGUUAGAGAAUGUAAUGGACGACAAUAAGACUAAAUUACUCAAACAGCAAGUGUCUGUUCUUUCUCAGAGAACAAGGACAGAAUCUGAAAUGUCUGAAGGUCAAAAGUCAGAUACUUUAAGCACUUCCUGGAAGGGUUCCCAUGGAGCGCUGACAUCUAAGAUGGCACCUAAGAAACAGAAGUCAGUAAUUGCUGCUGACACUGAAAAUGAGAAAUUGAAAAAACAAGUCAAAGAAAAGAAAAAGGAAGAUAAAUUGAUACAAGCUGAAGGUGUAGAGACUGGGAAGGUUAAGUUGAAUGUAUUUAUGGCAUACCUGAGAUCUGUAGGACUACUACUGAGUAUGCUUAUUAUAUUUUUCUACAUAUUAUAUAAUGCUGCCAGUAUUUACUCUAAUAUAUGGCUGGCUGAGUGGAGUAACGACAACACGACAGCAGUAAAUGGAACAUAUGAUACAGAUCAAAGGGACCUGAGACUUGGUAUCUACGGUCUUAUUGGCAUCAUCCAAGGCAUCUUCACGUUGUUAGCUGGAAUCUGUUUAGCAGUUGGUUCCAACAUGGCUACCUCCAAGCUUCACCGAUCUCUCCUGCUCGGCGUCUUUAGAUCACCCAUGUGCUUUUUCGAUACAACACCACUUGGAAGAAUUAUAAAUAGAUUUUCAAAAGAUGUGGAUGCUAUUGAUAUCCAAGUCCCGGAAAUGUUUAAAAAUUGGUUCUUGUGUUUUGUUAAUGUGUUAGGUGCCAUGAUUGUGAUUACCAUGGGAACACCAUUGUUUAUAAUAGCUCUGAUUCCAAUGGGUGUUUUAUAUUUUUUUGUCAUGAGGUUUUAUGUUGCCACAUCUCGUCAGUUGAAACGAUUAGAGUCUGUGAGUCGAUCCCCUAUCUACUCCCACUUUGGGGAAACAAUCACAGGAGUAACAACUAUCAGAGCAUAUCAACAACAACUAAGAUUCAUUGCAGAGUCAGAAGAAAGGGUAGACGAGAAUAAUAUCUGCUAUUUUCCCAGUGUAAUAGCCAACAGAUGGUUAGCUAUACGACUGGAGUUUGUUGGUAAUUGUAUUGUAUUUUUUGCCUGUCUAUUUGCUGUGGUUGGAAGAGAUACCCUGACAGCAGGGAUUGUUGGAUUGUCUAUAAGUUACGCUUUAAAUGUGACACAAACAUUGAAUUGGUUAGUGAGAAUGACAACAGAAUUAGAGACAAAUAUUGUGGCUGUAGAAAGAGUAAAGGAAUACACAGAAACUCCUACAGAGGCUGCAUGGGAGAUAGAGGAUAAGAAGCCAGCCUCCUCUUGGCCUGACAAGGGAUGUGUAGAAUUCAAUGACUAUGGUGUCAGAUAUAGAGAAGGUCUGGACCUGGUACUCAAAGGGAUAUCCUGUAAAAUAGACCCAACUGAAAAGAUUGGGAUAGUAGGACGGACAGGUGCUGGUAAAUCCUCCCUGACUUUAGCCCUGUUCAGAAUUCUGGAGAAAUCUCAGGGUAACAUCAUUAUAGAUGGUAUAGAUAUAUCAACCAUAGGUCUUCAUGACCUGAGGGCAAAGAUCACCAUUAUACCUCAGGAUCCAGUGUUAUUUUCUGGAAGUCUGAGGAUGAACAUAGAUCCAUUUAGUUCCUACACAGAUGAGGACCUAUGGAAAGCUUUAGAGCAUGCUCAUCUUAAAACUUUUGUCAGUAACCUACCUGAGGGACUGCAGCAUGAAUGUAGUGAAGGUGGUGAAAACCUCAGUGUUGGUCAGAGACAGUUGGUGUGUCUAGCCAGAGCCUUGUUGAGGAAGACCAAAAUACUAGUUCUAGAUGAGGCUACUGCAGCUGUAGACUUGGAGACAGAUGACCUCAUACAGAACACGAUCAGGACAGAAUUCUCUGAUUGUACUAUAUUGACUAUAGCACAUAGACUUAAUACCAUAAUGGAUUAUACAAAGGUAAUGGUAUUAGAUGCUGGCGUCAUCAAAGAAUUUGAUUCACCAAAUAACUUACUGAAAGAUUCAAACAGUUUAUUCUUUGGGAUGGCUAAGAAUGCUGGACUUGUGGCUUGAUAGAAUAUGGUGCAAGGCAAAUUGACCUUAAGCUGUUCAUUGUUAAAUGCCUAUCAUAGAGAUCUCUUGUAACGCCAACAACUUUAAUUUAUUAUUAAGACUGCAUAUGAAAUACUGUAGAAUGAAUAAUGAGAGCCAAGAAGAGUGAAUGGUGUGUUCAAUUUGUGAAAAUAUCUUUCAGUUUUGUAUUCUGUAAAUUGAGAAAUUAAUGUGGGGUUUUUAAUAUUGCGAAAAAUGCGACAAAGUUGUAAACGCAAUAAUUUAAACUUGUAUUUUGAAAUAUUUCAUAUGAAUUAUACAGGAUUUUUUUCAAAAUCAUAAGAAUUCAAAUCGCAUUUAAGUCUAAACAAACAAAAUUGCAAUAAUAAAUGCACGCAAUAAUUUCUGAAUUUACAGUAAGUUCCUGCUGUGUAAAUGACCUCCAAAUGUUUGAACAGUCAAGUAUCAUUGUAAACAAUUUAAUGUCAAUUGUGAAGCCAAAUGCAUAUAUAUAUGUUUUAAAGCAGAAAAACGGUAGUUUAUUAAUUUUAGAAAUAUUUUAAUUUGCUUGCAAUAACUUUUGUUAAACUGCUGCACACAUCCUGGUUCUUUUUGUUGCAAAAAGAGUGGGAGGUUCCAGCAUCAUCCAUAAUGUUUUGAAAUCCCUUUUUGUUAUUCAUAAUAGUGUGUAUUAUCG